UUUUAAUUUCGAAAGAGAGAGAGAAGCGUCUCUUCAAAAAUAUUCAAAUCUCACAUUUCACCCCGCUCUCUCUCUAAAAAGAUCCCGUCGCCGGCGAUAAAAGGAAGAGAGAGAGAGAGAGAGAACUUCGAAACUCAGAAAGCUUCGAUCUUUCCAGAGUGUAGUAGCAUCAGAUUUCGAAAUUACACUCUCUGGAUUACAAAAUGUCCAGCCGCCACGACAAGGAGAAAGGCGUGAAUGUUCAAGUUCUUCUCCGAUGCAGGCCGUUUAGUGAUGAUGAGUUGAGGAGCAACGCUCCUCAGGUUCUCACUUGUAAUGAUCUGCAAAGAGAAGUUGCUGUCUCUCAAAACAUCGCUGGGAAGCACACUGAUAGGGUUUUCACCUUUGAUAAGGUGUUUGGACCAUCAGCAAAACAGAAGGAAUUGUAUGACCAAGCCGUUGUUCCAAUCGUGAACGAAGUACUUGAAGGUUUUAACUGUACAAUAUUUGCUUAUGGACAGACUGGUACAGGGAAAACAUAUACAAUGGAAGGAGAAUGUCGAAGGUCUAAGGGCGGGCAUAGUGGAGGUCUUCCAGCAGAAGCAGGUGUUAUACCUAGAGCUGUGAAACAAAUCUUUGAUACGCUCGAAGGCCAGGAAGCUGAGUACAGUGUCAAAGUCACGUUUUUGGAACUCUACAACGAAGAGAUCACCGAUCUACUUGCUCCUGAAGAUAUCUCCAGAGUUGCUUCUGAAGAUAAACAGAAGAAACCGUUGCCUCUGAUGGAGGACGGCAAAGGUGGCGUUCUCGUUAGAGGAUUGGAAGAGGAGAUCGUGACGAGUGCUAAUGAAAUCUUCACUUUGCUGGAGAGAGGUUCCUCUAAACGGCGAACUGCAGAAACAUUCUUGAAUAAACAAUCUAGUCGAUCGCAUUCUCUCUUCUCGAUAACGAUACAUAUCAAAGAAGCUACUCCGGAAGGUGAAGAAUUAAUCAAGUGUGGGAAGCUGAACUUGGUUGAUUUAGCAGGAUCAGAAAAUAUAUCACGUUCUGGUGCUAGGGAUGGACGCGCUCGAGAAGCUGGUGAAAUAAACAAAAGUCUUCUUACAUUAGGGCGAGUGAUCAGUGCUUUGGUAGAACAUCUUGGACACAUUCCUUACAGGGAUAGUAAGCUCACCCGCUUACUACGUGAUUCACUUGGCGGGAGAACGAAGACAUGUAUCAUAGCAACAGUUUCACCUGCUGUUCACUGUCUCGAGGAAACCUUGAGUACUCUAGAUUAUGCACACAGGGCAAAGCAUAUUAGGAACAAACCAGAGGUUAACCAGAAAAUGAUGAAGUCUACUUUGAUAAAGGACCUCUAUGGUGAAAUAGAACGACUUAAGGCGGAGGUCUAUGCUUCCCGGGAGAAAAAUGGUGUUUAUAUGCCAAAAGAGAGAUACUAUCAAGAGGAGAGUGAAAGAAAGGCAAUGGCCGAACAGAUUGAACAGAUGGGUGGUCAGAUAGAGAAUUAUCAAAAGAAACUUGAGGAAUUGCAAGACAAGUACACUGGUCAAGUGCGGGAGUGCUCUGAUCUGACCAGCAGGCUUGAUAGCACCGAGAAAAACUUGAGCCAAACCAGCAAAAUGCUUGCUUCCACAGACGAGGAACUGAAGAAAUCUCAAUACGCCAUGAAGGAGAAAGAUUUCAUUAUUUCAGAGCAGAAAAAAUCUGAAAAUGUACUGGUUCAACAAGCUUGUGUUUUACAAUCGAACUUGGAGAAAGCUACUAAAGAAAAUGAGUCAUUACACCAAAAAAUUGGAAGAGAGAAUAAGCUCAGUGCGGAUAACAGGAAAGUGGUAGACAAUUAUCAAGCAGAACUUUCUGAACAAAUAUCCAAUCUGUUCAGUAUGGUUGCUUCAUGUCUGUCCCAGCAAAAUGCUCAGCUUCAUGGUGUUAACAAACUGUCCCAAUCUCGGUUAGAGGCACAUAACAAGGCCAUUCUUGAAAUGAAAAAGAAGGUUGGAGCGUCAAGGGAUUUAUACAGUUCUCACUUGGAGGCAGUGCAGAACGUAGUCCGCUUGCACAAGGCAAACUCAAAUGCUUGUCUUGAAGAAGUUUCAGCGUUAACAACUUCAAGUGCAUCUUCCAUUGAUGAGUUUCUUGCUUCAGGAGAGGAGACAACGUCCUCGUUAUUUGAUGAACUUCAGAAUGCUCUUACGUCCCACCAGCGAGAAAUGGCUCUCUUUGCGAGGGAACUGAGACAGAAGUUCCACACAACUAUGGAGCAAACACAAGAGAUGUCUGAAUACACAAGUACGUUCUUCCAGAAGCUUAUGCAGGAGUCUAAAAACGCUGAGAAUCGUGCAGCGGAGGCUAAUGAUAAUCAAAUAAAUAGCAUCAUCGAUUUUCAGAAGACUUACGAGGCUCAGUCAAAAUAUGAUACAGAGAAACUUAUAGCGGAUCUAACUAACCUAGUCUCAUGUCACGUUCGUCGCCAACACGAGUUGGUGGAUUCAAGACUCAGUAACUUUAAAGAUGCAGUCUCGUCCAACAAAACUUUCUUGGAUGAACACGUCUCUACCGUAAACACUCUGGCUAAAGACGCAAAAAGAAAAUGGGAGACGUUUUCCAUGCAAGCUGAGAAUGAUGCCAGAGAGGGUGCUGAUUUCUCUGCGGCGAAACAUUGUCAAAUGGAGUUACUGCUUCAGCAAUCUGUUGGUCAUGCGGAAUCAGCUUUCAAACACUGCAAGCUAACUCAUGAGUCUCUAAAGGAGAUGAACAGCAAGCAAGUCGCAGAUGUCUCUUCCCUUGUUAAGUCUGCUUGUGAUAACAACGAGCAGCACGACGGUGAAGUGGAGUCUGCAAGGACUGCUGCUGAGGAAGAUGUAACCAAGAACAGCGAUGAGAUCAUCCAGCAAAUUGAUGGCAUGUCAGAGGAUGAAAAAGUGUUUGUAUCACAAAUCUUGGAAAACGUCAAGACGCAUGAAAAAUCACUUGAGAGUUUCCAACAUGAUCAUUGCUGCCAAGCUAGAUGCAUUGAGGAUAAAGCUCAAGAAACUUUUCAACAAAGAUAUAUGGAGUAUGAGCCCACAGGGACAACUCCGUCAAAGAGUGAGCCAGACGUCCCAACUAAAGACACCAUUGAAUCACUACGAGCAAUGCCAGUGGAGACAUUGGUUGAAGUUUUCCGUGAAAACAACUCUUAUGAAUCCUUUGCGGCCAAGGAAUCUAAACCCCAACAGCUAACACGGUCGCCUCUCUCACAAGUCAACUAGGGAACCACCUCUGUGUACACAUAUGUGAAAGUAUGGGAUCAAAUCAAUGAAGAGUUAGAUGCUUCUGACACAUCUUGUGAGUUUUAUAAGUCCUUAAAACUAAUCCCUUGUGGGAUUCAGCUUCUUUCACCUACAUUGAAAUAUUCAACAUUGUAUAAUGUAUGUUUUCUUAUUUCAAUAGUGGAAUAUUUGACAGCAA